AUGUUGAUCGUAAAUCAACAAUCAUGGAUGAUUGUCGCGUUUUUGGAAUUAACGUGGAACUUUGUCGCGUGUGCGAUGAACGGAAUCGGCGGUCACCCCAUUAUCGGAGAAAUAAGCGGUCACCCGAUAAUAACUCAUCAAACGGCUGAAAGAUUGUCAAAAUGUCCGUGGGCUUGUUCUUGUGCGGGUUUGGCAAUAGAUUGUUCUCAUCACGGUUUGACUCAAGUCCCGCAAAUAUUACCCUCGGAUGCAGAAAAAUUAGAUCUACAGGGAAACAACAUCACAAUAAUAUUCGAAACGGAUUUUAAAAACAUGGGAAAUUUAAAAGUUUUGAAUUUACACGAUAAUCGGAUUCACACAAUCGAUAGAGGAGCUUUUCACGAUUUGAUUUCUCUCGAAAGAUUGAGGUUAAGCACGAAUAAUUUAAAACACGUACCAGAUUUUUUAUUUGGUAAUCUACCUAAUUUGCAUAGGUUAGAUUUGAGUCACAAUCAACUUGAAGUCGUGGGUAAGAAAACAUUUAAAGGAUGUUCGCAAUUAAAAGUUCUUCAAUUGGACAAUAAUAAAUUAACGUGUAUUGAUGAAACGGCCAUAAAUGAACUUCAAGAUUUAGAAGUAUUGACUCUUAACAAUAACAAUUUAACAUCGAUAGGAAAAGGAAUGUUUGAAGGAUUGAGUUUGAGGAGUUUAAGACUAUCGGAAAACAGUUUAAUAUGCGAUUGUCAUUUGACUUGGUUGGCUAGAUGGCUUAGAAAAUCUCCCAAAUUGGCUCCCUACACGAAAUGUUUUUCACCCAAUCAAUUAAAGGGUCACAACGUUGCGGAUUUACACGAUCAAGAAUUCAGGUGUUCGAGUUUGGUCGAAAGACCCUCCGGUGAAUGCGAAGCCGAACAAGAAUGUCCUCAUCCUUGCAGAUGUUCAGAGGGUAUCGUGGAUUGCAGGGAUAAAGCUUUGACGAAAAUUCCGGAUACUUUACCGGAAGGAAUGACCGAAUUGCGACUGGAACAAAAUCAAAUAAUUGAAAUUCCAUCCAAAGCGUUUACUCCGUAUACAAGACUUAGGAGAAUUGAUUUGAGCAAUAAUAAAAUUAGUAAAAUAGCUUCAGAUGCAUUUCAAGGAGUUAAAAGUCUUACAUCGUUGGUUUUAUACGGGAAUAAAAUAUCAGAUUUGCCACACGGAGUCUUCCACGGUUUAACCUCAUUGCAAUUGCUUUUGUUAAACGCAAAUGAAAUUUCUUGCAUCCGAAAGGAUUCAUUUAAAGAUUUGCACAAUGUUAAUUUAUUAUCACUUUACGACAAUAAUAUAUUAUCCCUAGCAAAUGGAACUUUUGAUUCGCUUAAAAACGUACAAACUUUGCAUUUAGGAAAAAAUCCAUUUAUUUGCGAUUGUAAUCUAAGAUGGUUAAUUCAGUACCUGAAAAAAAAUCCCGUCGAAAGAUCUGGAGCGAGAUGCGAAACUCCCAAACGUAUGGGACGAAAAAAAUUUGAUUUGACGAAAGAUGAUAGAUUUAAAUGCAAAGGCACAGAAGAAUUUAGAACGCGUUAUGCUGGAGAUUGUGUUAUCGAUAGUGCGUGUCCCGUGGGAUGCAGUUGCGAUGGUACAACCGUUGAUUGCGGAGGACGAGGUCUAACCGAAAUUCCAAAAGAUAUUCCAAAAUACACGACGGAUUUACUUUUAAACGACAACGAAAUAACUAAAAUAAAAUCGGAUGGAUUAUUUGGAAGGUUACCCAAUUUAGUGAAAUUAGAUUUUAGACGGAAUAAAAUUAACGGAAUCGAACCGAAUUCGUUCGAAGGAGCAGAAAAACUUUCAGAAUUGUUAUUAUCGGAAAAUAAACUCGGGGAAAUACAUAAUAAAAUGUUUCUCGGUUUACAUAAUUUAAAAAAAUUAUCCCUUUACGAAAAUGAAAUUUCUUGCGUUAUGCCAGGAUCAUUUAAUUCAUUAAUGAAUCUUAAAACUUUAAAUCUUUUAUCAAAUCCAUUUUAUUGCAAUUGUCAUUUGGCUUGGUUUGCGGAUUGGUUAAGACGACGUCAAUUAAGUGCUGCUAAUCCGAGAUGCGGAGGACCGGAUCAUCUCAAAGACACGCUAAUCCAAGAAUUAUCUCAUAACGAUUUCAAAUGCGUCGGAGAUCAAGAUCAGGGUUGUUUGGGCGAUUCGUACUGUCCUCCGAAAUGCUCUUGUACCGGUACCGUUGUCAGGUGUACACGUGCCAAGCUCAAAGAAAUACCCAGAGGAAUUCCACCCGACACAUCCGAACUUUAUUUAGACGUUAAUGAAAUUCAAAGCGUACAAAUCCCACGAAUCCAUCAUUUGAAAUAUCUAACGAAAUUAGAUUUAAGUAAUAAUCAAAUUUCCGUUUUAUCAAAUUAUACAUUUGCUAAUUUAACACGAUUGUCUACGUUAAUAAUUACAUAUAAUAAAAUUCAAUGCGUCGAAGUUCAUGCUUUCAGUGGCUUAAAAUCCUUAAGGAUAGUGUCAUUACAUGGGAAUGAUAUUUCACAAUUACACAACGAAACAUUUGCCGAUUUAGAAUCAAUUACUCAUUUAGCUCUCGGAGAUAACCCGUUUUAUUGCGACUGUAAUUUAAGAUGGCUGGCGGAAUGGGUUAAAAGUGAUUAUGUCGAACCAGGAGUUGCUUUUUGCGCCGAACCCAUUUCUCUCAAGGGCAAACUUUUACUCACAACACCGUCUUCUGCUUUUCAAUGCAAAGAAAAAGUCGGAAAUGAAAUUUUAGCUAAAUGUAACGCCUGCUACACUUUCCCCUGCGUGAACGGAGCACAGUGUGAACCUUUACCCGAAAGACAAUACAAAUGCAGAUGCCAGCCGGGAUACCACGGACCUCAUUGCCAGCACAUGAUUGAUGCAUGCUACGGAAAUCCUUGCAGUAAUGGUGGUACAUGUAAAGUACUGGAAGAAGGUCGUUUCAACUGUCUUUGCCCCCCGGGAUACACAGGAGUUCGUUGCGAAAUAAAUAUCGACGAUUGUCUUAAUCAUAAAUGUGAAAAUAAUGCAACUUGUCACGAUUCCGUUUUAUCAUACGUUUGUAAAUGUCUACCUGGUUUCAUGGGAGAAUAUUGCGAAAUUAAAAUUCCCUUUUGUAAGAAAGAAUAUAAUUCUUGCAAAAAUGGCGCCACUUGUCGGGAUCAUUAUACCUAUUACUCGUGUGAGUGUCUACCCGGUUACACCGGGGAAAAUUGCACCAUCAAUAUAGACGAUUGUCAAAAUCAUUUAUGUCAAAAUGGCGGAACGUGUGUGGAUGGCAUCAAUGAUUAUACAUGUAAAUGCUCAGAAGAUUUCAGUGGAAAAUUUUGCGAAAUCCCACCAAUGGUUGCUAUGUUAUAUCCUCAAACUAGUCCUUGUCAACAACACGAUUGUAAAAAUGGAAUAUGUUUUCAACCGACGGGUUCUAAUGAUUAUUUGUGCAAAUGUCAUCCCGGUUACACGGGUAAACGUUGCGAAUAUCUAACUUCCAUAAGCUUUUUACAUAAUAAUUCCUUCAUCGAAUUAGAACCUCUCAGAACCAAACCCGAAGCCAAUAUAACCAUCAUAUUUUCGACGGAACAAGACAAUGGAAUACUCAUGUACGAUGGUACUGAAUCUCAACACAUAGCUGCAGAAUUAUUUAGCGGUCGAAUUCGGGUAAGCUACGAUGUAGGCAACAAUCCAGUGUCUACCAUCUACAGUUUCGAAAUGGUCUCCGAUGGUAAAUACCACGUUGUCGAACUUAUUUCGGUGAAGAAAAAUUUUACACUUUCCGUCGACGGUGGAGUUGCUCGUUCGAUAAUAAAUGAAGGGGAUAAAGAAAAUUUAUGGUUGACGACACCCUUGUACAUUGGUGGUAUAACUCAGGAAUCAGGUCAAGAGGCUUUUACAAAUUGGCACUUGCGAAAUCUGUCCAGUUUUAGAGGUUGUAUGAAAGAAGUUUGGGUUAAUCACAAGUUGGUAGAUUUUACGAAUGCAGCCAAACAAAAUAAAAUAACCGGAGGUUGUUCUUUGCUCGAAGAUGAUGAUGAUGAGCAAAUGGAAAGCGAUGGAGAUGGCGGAGGAAGGAGGAACGAUCCUGACGACGAUGAUGAUGAUCCUUGUUUUAAUAACAAUUGUAAAUCUGGAAGUACCUGCGUUGCUAAAGCAUCUGGAACGUACGCAUGCAAGUGUCAACCUGGAUGGUCUGGAAAAUAUUGUGAAACUGGGCCUUCGUGCAGAAAAGAACAAACUCGUGAAUUUUAUUUCGAACACGGAUGUAAAACGAGGAAACCGUUGAAAUUAGCUAAAUGCGAAGGAAGUUGCGGAUCCAGUUGUUGCAGAGCCCGGAAAACAAAACGUCGCAAAGUUCGUUUGCUUUGCCCCGAUAAAAUGAGAUAUACAAAAGAAGUUGAUAUUGUCAGAAAGUGCGCAUGUAGUAAAAAAUGUUAUUAA